AGGGGCCUCAGAUUUUGUGAACCCACCACCAACCCUACGUCAGCCAGAACUGUGGUCAGCAGAACUUAAUGACUUUAUCAAAAUGUGCCUCGUAAAAGACUUUGAGAAACGCCCCACAGUGUGUGAUCUUUUGGAACAUGCAUUUAUUAGGCAAAUUAGACAUAAUGAAAGAGUGCUUCAAAAGCAGCUAAUGGAAUUCAUAGACAUCCACCAGCAAAUGGGGAUAAUGGAGAAAAAGAGGCAUGAGCGGAUUCAUACGAAAAAGGGGAUUUUCAGAGAGUCUAUGACACCCAACCAGAAUGAUGUGGAUGAUCUGGCAGCCUUGGAAGUUUUAGAUGAGAAUUCUGUGACAGACCAGCUACAAAACCGCUACAACAGGGAUCAGAUAUAUACUUAUGUUGGGGACAUUCUUGUCGCCGUUAACCCAUUCCGA